AUAUUUUCCCAAAUAUAAUCAAAUGUUUUUUGACCAAUCUGUCGAACUUAAGACUCCAUGUAAAUCAGUAGAAGAAGAAGAAGAGUAGUUAUUCCAUGUGAUUGAAGAAGAAGCUAACGGAGCUGAUAGAAAGAAAUGGAUUCGACCAUGGAAGACGUCGAGGUAGCUGUAACUGAGCUGAAACUCUAUACUCAAAUGAAGAAAUCACCAUACGAUUCGCUGCACGAAAGCCGAAAGUCUGCAGAGGAAAUUGUCGCCAAGAUGCUCUCUAUCAAGAGAGAAUCCAAAUCAAAAUCUGAGCUUCGGGAGCUAGUAACUCAAAUGUUUCUGAACUUCAUCAAUCUGCGCCAGGCGAAUCGGGCCAUCCUGCUUGAAGAGGACCGCGUAAAAGAAGAAACAGAACGUGCUAAGGCACCCGUUGACUUCACGACCUUAGAGUUUCAUAACUUGAUGUAUGAGAAGAAUCAUUACAUGAAAGCAAUAAGGGUUUGCAAAGAUUUUAGAUCAAAGUAUCAUGAUAUUGAAAUUGUAGCCAAGGAAGAAUUUUUCAGAGAUGCACCAGAAGACAUACAUAAUUCAUUAAUAUCAAAUGAUAGUGAGCACAAUCUGAUGCUGAAGAGGCUCAAUUUUGAGUUAUAUCAGCGCAAAGAACUCUGCAAACUUCAGAAGAAACUUGAACAACAAAAGAAGAGAUAUCUGGAGACCAUUGCUACCAGGAAGAAGUUCUUAUCAGACCUUCCAUCCCUACUGAAGCCCCUAAAGAAAGUGUCAUUACCAGUGCAGAAACAAUUGGGGAUGCCGUACACCAAAAAGUUAAAGCAGCAUCAAUAUGCAGAGUUGCUUCCACCUUCUCUUUAUAUUAUUUACUCGCAAAUGUUGGCCCAAAAGGAAGCAUUUGGAGAAAACAUUGAUGUGGAGAUUGUAGGAAGUUUGAAAGAUGCUCAAGCUUUCUCUCAGCAACAAGCAAAUAAGGAAAAUGGUACUUGUACCAUUUUAGACAAUUCCAAGGUGGAGGAUGAUUCACUUGAAGAUGAAGAGGAGGGGCAAAGAAGCCAAAAGCGGUCAAAGAAAGUUCCUACAAAAGAAAAUCAUGACCAGUCAGAAAUUUAUCAAUCUCAUCCGCUGAAAAUCAUUCUUCAUGUAUAUGAUGAUGAAGGUUCAGAUUCAAAACUCGUUUCGCUGAAAUUUGAUUACCUGCUAAAGUUGAAUGUUGUAUGUGUUGGGAUUGAGGGCUCCAAUGAAGUCCCUGGGAAUAAUUUAUUAUGCAACUUAUUUCCUGAUGAUGCUGGCCUUGAGAUACCACUACAGUCAGCUAAGCUAUCUGUUGGCGGUGAACUGGAAUUCGAUGAAAAGAGAACCUCGCGACCAUAUAAAUGGGUCCAGCAUUUGGCAGGAAUUGAUUUUUUGCCUGAGAUAUCUCCACAGCUUACAUUUUCUGAAUCUAAACAAGCUGCAGUUAUAUCUGGGCUUUCGCAAUACCGCCAUCAGAAUCGGGUUCAAACAGUGGUCCAACGAAUUCGGUCUCGAAGAAAGACUCAACUUACUUUGACUUGAUGUGCGUUCCAACUUUUGGUUUAUUGAUUGCCAUUUGCUUUAGCUUUCCUAAUCUGUUAUUUAGUCGGAGGCUCUCCUAGGGUUCCCUCAUCUGGUCUUUGUUGAGUAAUAUUGGAUUAUUGGAAACUUCACAAUAUAUGGUUGUUUACAAGGAGCUUACUUGAUUUUACUAUUGCAGCUUAA